AUGCACACCAUCUUUCGAAUCGGUGAAGUUCGAAAAAUUGAUAAGAAAAGUCCACUUUAUGAAGUGGACCUUAAACUUACGUCGGAUGACGACCAACAACUUCGUCAAUUGACCGACCGCGUACGAGAAGAAUCUUCAGGUAGCACUGGAUGGUAUCGAAUGGGUAAAUUGCUGCUCACAAUUGGUCAAUUUGACAAGGCCGAAGAAUUGUACAUGGCACUACUAGAACAGGCAUCCGACGACAGUGAUAAAACACAUAUCUAUCACCAGCUCGGAUGGGUGAAACGAGAUCAAGGACAAUACAAAGAAGCAGCUUCAUUUUAUGAAAUGUCUCUCAAAAUUGAACGAAAAACUCUUCCAGAAGAUCAUCCUUCAUUAGCUAAUACCUACAACAGCAUUGGUCAAGUGUACCACAACAUGGGUGACUAUUCGAAAGCACUUGAAUUUUACGAAAAAGAUCUCGAAAUCACGAAAAAAGCUCUGCCUUCGAAUCAUCCCGAUUUGGCUACUUCCUACAACACUAUUGGUCAAGUGUAUAACAACAUGGGUAACUACUCGAGAGCACUUGAAUUUUACGAAAAAGCACAUAAAAUCUACGUAAAAGCUCUGCCUCCGACUCAUCCCUCAUUGGCUACUUCCUACGGCAACAUCGGUCAAGCGUAUAACAACAUGGGUGACUACUCGAAAGCACUUAAAUUUUACGAAAAAUCACUUAAAAUAAGAGAAAAAGCUCUGCCUUCGAAUCAUCCCUUAUUGGCUACUUCCUACAACGACAUCGGUGGAGUGUAUAACAACAUGGGUGACUAUUCGAAAGCACUUGAAUUCUACGAAAAAGCACAUAACAUCUACGAAAAAGCUCUGCCUCCGAAUCAUCCCGAUUUGGCUAUGUCCUACAACAACAUCGGUCUCGUGUAUAACAACAUGGGUGACUACUCGAAAGCACUUGAAUUUUACGAAAAAUCACAUAAAAUAAGAGAAAAAGCUCUGCCUCCGAGUCAUCCCGAUUUGGCUACUUCCUAUACUUGCAUCGGUCAAGUGUAUAACAACACGGGUGACUACUCGAAAGCACUUGAAUUUUACGAAAAAACACUUAAAAUAAGAGAAAAAGCUCUACCUUCUACUCAUCCCGAUUUGGCUCAAUCCUACAACAACAUCGGUGCAGUGUAUAACGGCAUGGGUGACUACUCGAAAGCACUUGAAUUUUACGAAAAAUCACUUAAAAUAAGAGAAAAAGCUCUGCCUCCGAAUCAUCCCGAUUUGGCUAGUUCCUACAACAACAUCGGUGGAGUGUAUAACGACAUGGGUGACUAUUCGACAGCACUUGAAUAUUCUAAAAAGAACUUUGAAAUUACAAAACAAGUUUUGCCUGAGAAUCAUCCUGAUUUGGCUUUCCCAUACAACUGGUUCGGAAAGAUUUAUCGCAGUAUGAAAGAUUAUUCAAAAGCACUUGAUAAUUUCGAGAAGUGUCUCGCAAUAUGGAAAAAAGGCUUACCUGAAAAUCAUCCAUAUCUAGCUGUAGCAUGCAGUAAUAUAGGUGAUGUUCAUCGAUUAAUGGGUAAUUAUGAAAAGGCACUUGCAUUUCAUCAAAAAGCAUUAAAUAUUCAAGAAAAUGUUCAAUGUAGUCCUCUCCAGGUUGCAACGACAUAUAUAAAUUUAGGUGAAACUUAUCGUGAAAUGAAAGAUUAUUCAACAGCAUUCACAUAUUUCGAAAAAGGAUUAGAAAUACGUAAAAAGAAAUUAUCAGAAAAUCAUCCUGAUUUAGCUGUUGUAUAUCAUAAUAUGGCAAAAUUAUAUUUGGCUACACGAAAAUAUAGUAUGGCAAUGAAAAAUAUUCAACAAGCAGUUGAAAUAGCUCAAGAAAAAUUACCUUCAACUCAUCCUCAUCUUUUGGAAUAUAAAGAAACAUUUGAAAAAAUUCGAAAGAAAAUGUAA